UUAUGAACAGACUGGAUUUUUUUGCGCUUUUAAUCUUGGCUAUAAUCAGUCAUUCUAAAGCUGAUGGGCAUCCCUUCGACUUUUUCAACGAAACCCUAGAUGAUUUUGAAGAUUGUCUACAGAAAACUAAUGUUUCCAUUGAAGAAUACGAGAAGUUUGAGGAAUUCGGUAAUUUAAAAAACCUCCUCAACGAAGAUGUCGAAUUAAAGUACAAGUGCAAUGUUAAAUGUCAGCUGGAAAGGCAGCCGACUAAAUGGCUAAAUGAUCAGGGUAAAAUGGAUCUGAAACUGAUGAAUGCCACUGAUGAGGCAGAAGAAUCCAUUAUCAAGUGCAUGGCACAGGCUUCUGAAGAACCUUGUGCGUAUGCCUUCAAGCUGGUAAUUUGUGCCUAUGAAGCCGGUCAUCCCGUUAUUGAGUACGAAUAUUAUGAUUAUGAAGAAGUCGAAGAAGAAACCACCGAAGAAUACGAGGAACAAGUAACCGAAGAAGCCGAAGAACAACCAGCCCAAGUAACCGAAGAACAAACAGCUGAGGAAUCCGAAGAUAAAACAGCCCAACACUAAAUUCCUAACUUAAAGAUACAUAAAUACAUAUAUAAAUGAUGACUCUGUCGUCAUAGGUGGUCAGGGCAAUAAAUGUUAAUUAGUAAAAAAAAUAAUUAACAAGCUCGGUGCAUUCGCGGA